GGUUCUCUGGGCAUCCCACCCAUAUACCAACAAAUUUAAAUACUUUUAUUAUAUUCAUCACCAGCAAUUCUGGUGCCGGCAGCCUGCGGUGUCAGACAUUUGUGCCACCGUUAGUCAGCCACCGCCAUCACCGGCGUCAGAGUUUGUGAGUGUGUGUUCGCGUAGAAUGCUCGGCUUGACACCAAUUUUCACUUCCGGAUUUAUGCCAAUGACUCUUUUUAUGUGUUUGGGAAUUUCGUGAACUUCGCAAAUGUCUAAUUAAACGAACUUUUAUGCUGAAUUCGAGUUUGAUUGUUCGCAUUAGCAGAGAACAAAUCCACUAAAAUGUAGAGCUAUUGCGGUAAGGUAUGGACCUACGAACUGUGAUAAAAAUUGUAUACGAUAGAAUAAAUUUUGGAAGAAAACACGAACAACGGCCAUCACAUAGCAACAUUUGCACUAGAAAUCAGAUUGAACUGGCCACAUAAAAAAAUACCAACCAGUAGGAAUCUUUUCAAUAUUGCAAGCGACAAGUUAAUUAAAAAUCAGCAAACUGUCUGCGCUGUCGAUUCGAAAUUUUUCGGCAAACAUGCUGAACAAUCUGGGCGCCAAUGUGUUGGGUCCCAAAGAUUGUGAUCUACCCAAAGCGGCAAUCACGGCACUUCACGCCGGCGUCAAUAGUUUCGGCCAACUGCCACCGAACGCGCAAAAUCAGGCCGACGUGGUGUUGAACGGCGGUGGUGGCGGUGCGGCACGGUUGCAUGUCACAGGCGGGCUGUGCGAUACGCCGAAUCCGCAUCAUAAUAACAACAACAAUAACGUGAGCAACAACAACAUGCAACAGCAGGAUCAGAAGCGACAUCGCACCCGCUUUACACCUGCUCAGCUGAACGAGUUGGAGCGUUGCUUUUCGAAAACACACUAUCCGGACAUUUUCAUGCGUGAAGAGAUUGCGAUGCGUAUUGGAUUGACAGAAUCGAGAGUGCAGGUUUGGUUUCAAAAUCGUCGCGCCAAGUGGAAGAAGCGCAAGAAGACAACAAAUGUCUUCCGCACACCAGGCGCACUAUUGCCUUCGCACGGUUUGCCACCAUUCGGCGCCAACAUUACCAAUAUUGCCAUGGGUGAGGGUCUCUGUGGAACCGGCAUGUUUGGUGGUGAUCGUUGGGGCGUGGGCGUAAAUCCGAUGACUGCAGGGUUUGGUCAACUUAAUCAAUCUUCGCCGCUUUCAUCUACAAUAAAUAGUGGUCUUAAUUCGGGUAUUAACAUUGGUUCUGCAAUGGGUGCUGGCAGUUAUCAGCAUUAUGGAUUAAACGCUUUAGGUGACUCGAUGAUGUAUCAGCAUACGGUUGGUGGCGUUAGUUGCGGCGCCAGCGGCUCACCUACCACGACCACGCCACCGAACAUUAAUUCGUGCUCGUCGGUCACGCCACCACUGUCGAAUCAGCCAAAUGCAGGGCAAAAUGAGAUGAAUGGCGAACCAACGCCGCAACAACAACAACAACAGCAGCAGCAACAACAACAGCAACAGCAAGCCCACCAACAAAACCACCAUCAUCAACAGCCACCGUCACAACAGCAACAACAACAGCAGCUGCCACAUUGUCAUCAAUCCAUGCAAUCGCCAUCAGAUGGCGGCAACGGCGUCGGCGAAGACGAUGUUUGGCGAGGACACAGUAUAGCCGCCUUGCGGCGACGCGCAUCCGAGCUGAAUGCGACCUCGGCGAUUCCCUCGUACUUGCAUCAUGCUGCUGCCGCACACAACAACUACGAGCACCACAAUUCGGUCUACUGAAAUUUGUUGAAAAGCUUUGAAAGCUUUUCGGAUUACGGUUUUCCAAGUUGUGGCAAUCAUGAAUUCUAGAAUUGGCCCAAAGCGGAAAGUGAUGGCGGCGGAGGCGGAUACGGUGUAGGGGGGCAAAGGUGGUGAGAUUGUUCUAUGAUGUCCAGCGCACGAAGUUAAGACCAUUUUGAAAACACUGUAGCGCAACAUGGCUGGUGGUGAGGAUGGACACAUGUGGGGUACAUACAUACAUACGAGUGAGGAAAGGAUUUUGUUAAAAAGUUUGCUGAGAGACUACUUAGCAAUGAAUUGAACGACGUAUACGUAAACAGUGAACCGCAAGUAAAAUGCAAAUAUUAAAAUUAAGCUAUACAAGUAAUUAGAUAUAUGUAAUUGAGUGACACAUAAAGUUGUAAAAAGCUAAGACCGAACAGUGGUUUAGGUGUAAGUAUAUAUGUAAUAAAGCACUUGCAAAGUAUAUUUAAAUUUUUUUUUGGAUACAAUGUGCAAAAUAUUUUUUAAUUGCUAGAAGUUAUUAUGUUCUCCCUCCAGUGUAUUUACUGCGAGUUUAAAUGUAGUUUUAUAGAAAAAAAAGUGAAAAAGAUACAUUUGCACAAAACACAAAUUUCGCUGAAAAUAGCUGCUGUUAAUA